AUGUCAUCUCCUUCAGUACCAUCAAAUAUCAAUGGAGUCCCUUUUAUCCUCCAGCUUCACGACAUCGCCGCCGUCAAAUUCGGCAACUUCAAGCUGAAAUCGGGCAUCUACUACAUCGACCUCCGCCUCAUCACGGCGGCGCCGCUUCGUAAGGUCGGGCUGAAGGUCACGGAUGCCGUUGUUAUGAUUGAUAGGGAACAAGGAGGGAGGGAAAACUUGGCAGAGAACGGCAUCACACUUCACGCAAUGGUGAAGUUGAGUGACAUGGUGACGAUAUUGAAGGAGAAGGGGAGAGUAUCAGAGGAGACAAAGAAGGUGGUUAUGAAGUUCUUGGAGGAGAAUCGAAAGGUGUCAGUUCCCUUGGCGCCAGUAUCUGAGAAGAAAUUUGGAGUUAGAAUUCCAUUUGUAGAGAGGAUGAAGAUGGCAAAAAAUCCAACUGGUAAAAAGUUGUUUGAGAUAAUGGUGCAGAAAGAAUCAAACUUGUGCCUGGCUGCUGAUGUUUCUUGA